AUGAGAUCAAACCAGCAGCUUAAGUCUAAAUCAUCCAAGAGAAACACACACUUCGCCACUUAUUUUUCACAAGAAGACAGAAUGGUACUGAUGCCUUUUGUGUUCCUAUUGCUUGGGCUCUUCUUCACACAACGAUAUGUCGCAUCAGGCGAUUGGCUGCAAGCCCAUGCAACUUUCUACGGUGGAGGUGACGGUUCUGGUACGAUGGGCGGUGCCUGUGGAUAUGGAAAUCUCUACACAGAUGGCUAUGGAAUCAAAACUGCUGCACUGAGCACAGCUCUGUUCAACGAUGGCAACGGAUGCGGUGGCUGUUAUCAGAUUGCUUGCGAUGCCACUCAGGUUCCUCAAUGGUGCCUUAACGGUACAUCAUCCAUUACGAUCACUGCUACAAACUUCUGUCCACCGAAUUAUAAUCUUCCUAACGACAAUGGUGGGUGGUGCAACCCCCCAAGAUCACACUUCGACAUGUCUCAACCUGCCUUCGAGUCUAUUGCCAAGUACGAAGCUGGAAUUGUACCUAUUUUCUACAGAAAGGUCAGAUGCGAGAAAAGUGGGGGCAUAAGAUUUACCAUCCAUGGAAACGACUACUUUGAGCUUGUGCUCAUAUCAAAUGUAGGAGGAGCAGGAGAGAUCUCCAAUGUGUGGAUCAAAGGAUCUAGAUCCAAGAUAUGGGAAGCCAUGUCAAGGAAUUGGGGUGAAAAUUGGCAGAGCCUAAGCUAUCUGAAUGGCCAGAGCUUGUCCUUCAAAGUCCAAGCAAGCGACGGGAGUACCCUCACUGCUCUUGACGUGGUUCCUUCCAACUGGACGUUUGGCCAAUCCUUCACAAGCAAUAUUCAGUUCUAGAUUUCAUGGGUGUGUCAGAAGUUACUUAUUGUCCCGUUUCAACCUGUUUCUUCGUUUGUGUUUUUUCACCAGUACUGUAUUGGUUGAUUACAUAAGGGUUGUGGCUUAAUUAGCAGCUUAAAGAUAUAUUAUUAGAUCAUGUAUGUCAACAAAUGAAAAGACCUACUCCCCAUACUCUUUA